AUGAGUUCCCGGAAUACGCAGCGACUGUGUCGCCUACCGUCUAACUCUUCCAACACCGACACAGAACAUAAUUCCAAAUCCAGAACUAUCAGAGUUACUCUGGGCAGAAAUAGGUUCAAAUCGUUCAAUCGCCAUCAAGAAAAUACCUACUCUCCAUGUCUCCGGGCCAAGAUAUUGGCCUAUUUGGCUUCGACCACACGACCCUUUCCUCUCUCCAUAAAAAACGCUGAUAAACCCAUGCACCAUCAAGAUAUUAAAGAUCUCUGCGAGCUCCUUAAUCUAUCAGGUGAGGAUCGCUGGUGGGAAAUCGACUUGGAUGAUGCAUAUUGUGAGAAAUGUGUUCAAGAGAAUGUGAGGCCGCCAGGUCGAAAAGGCAUAAUCGACAAUAUCCCCAUUCUCUCAAAUUUGACCAGACAGGUCCAUCGAUGUUUUUACGACGCGUCUAGUACCCCAGAGAAAUCCACGUCGCCAUACAUCGAAUGUCCGCACCAGACAAACUUCUCCCAAUUGAUGAGUGAGAUCAGCAUAGAAACACGCAGUCGUCUCUCCUGCUUACGAAUUACGGGCAACUUUCAAAACCCUUCUGAGGUUGCUUCCGCCAUCCACAAUCUUCUUCGUUUGUUCCCAAAUAUUCUCAACGCGGAGGUUCAUUUACCACUAGCUUCGCUUGCCUCUAUUUCUGAACCAGACAAAAUUGCAGCACAUCUCGGAACCUUAGAAAGUGCACUACCCAAGGGAGUCGCCCUCAAUUUUCAAAAUCUCUUAGAGCACUCUGAAUUUAUGCUGAAAUGGGUACAAGUCAAACGAAGGUGGUACGAAUUGAUACCAAACGAAACUGAAAUUGCACAGCUAAAUAAGAUCCGGAAUCUAUCAGACUCGGAGGAGAAAUUAAUGGGGAUUGGAUCUGAAAGUAUCAACUGGGCUCGCUUGAACAGGGGCAGGAGGUACACUUAG